CAAUAGAUACAUGAUCGAAAGCUUGUGAUUUUUUUGAUCAUAGAGGAAAUUUAUCGAAAAAGUAAAAAAAGGAGUAAUUGGAUAUAUUUUCUACAGUGGUUCGUUUUGGGCCAAUAAUGGCUAGCCGUUUGGUCUUAAAAAGUGUUUUAGCAACUUUGAUGACAAUUUCACUCACCCAUGGACAAACGACACAUUUUUGUGAUGAAUUUCUUGUGCGUGACGAAGUAAUAGAGACGUCGCCUCGCUUGAACAUAACUGUCGACUGUAUAACAGUGACUGCCUUUGAGAGUAAUGGAUUUCAAUUAGAUGUUGACGCUUACGAAGCAAGUGGUGGAGGAAAUUUGUGCCCCAUUUUUAAGCCUGCCGUUUUCGAAAAUGUGGAGGUUUUAGACUAUGUAAAGAGAUGUUGCGAUGGGUACGAGGGCGACUUAUGCACGAUACCCAUCUGUUCCAUUCCUUGUGAAAAUGGAGGCAUUUGCUUUGAGCCGAACAAGUGUGAUUGUCCUUUCAAUUGGUUCGGAGACCAAUGCCAGCUAACAGAACCUGAAAACGUGACAAGCUCUGUGGUAAACGCUCUACCGUUCGCGACAUGUGUGUUUUGGGGAAUGGAGCAUUUCCGAACGUUCGAUGGCCUCAGGUACAAUUUCCUCGGAAAUUGCGAGUACAUCCUGACGGCAGACAUUGACGAGACAUGGAGCGUAAUCAUACGAAAUCUGAAUUGCGACAGCCCGCUUACGUGCCGAAAGCGUAUGACGUUACAACUUGGGCUUCUAGAUAUACUGGUAGUUGAGGGCUCAAAGAUAAACUUAAACGGGAAUAACAUUACGGCAUUGCCAUUUGGAGAGAAAGGUAUCAGCAUUUGGAAGGACGGUGACUUCUAUUUCUUAGAGACCGGUCUCGGUGUGCGCGCCAAAUGGGACGAAGAGUCAAGAAUCUAUGUUACCCUUGUACAACAGCUACAAGGCUCCAGUCAGGGUCUGUGUGGCAACUACGAUGGGGAUACGUCAAAUGAUAUGGCGAUGAGGAACGGACUUCAAACGCGUUUUACGUCAUCUCUUGGUAACUCAUGGAAAUCUUCAUCUUUUGAUGAGAUAUGUGCUGAUGUCCCUGAUGUAGUGCAUCCAUGCUUCACUUUUCCCGAACUUGCGGAUUCCGCCAGGAUUGAAUGUAAUAUCUUAAGACGAGAAAUCUUUGCGCCGUGUCAUGAAGUGAUUGAUCCAAGCUUCUAUCACGAUGACUGCAUGCGGGAAAUGUGUUCAUUAAGCGUCGAAUCAGAAACAUCCCUUUGUAAUGUGUUGGAAGCCUACGCUAGAGAAUGUUCCAGUAAUGAGGUCUCAUUAAACUGGAGAUCCAAGGACUUGUGCCCUAAAUCCUGUCCUGGUGGACAGGUUUACAUGGAAUGCGGAUCAAGCUGUAAACGUACGUGUGCUUCGGCGAACUAUAAUCUGGCGCAGUACUGCCCGACAUCCUGUGUACCAGGUUGUCAAUGCCCAGAAGGAAAAUAUCUUGAGGAAGGCGUCUGUAUUGAGAGGGAAUUAUGUCCAUGUAUGUACAACAGAAAAAAAUAUUACAACGGGUCUUCAAUCAUGCAACAGUGUAAUGAAUGUACAUGUAACAAUGGAAAGUGGCAAUGUGAAUCUCAGGUUUGCACCGGAUCAUGUUUAGUGACUGGAGCAGGUCACAUCAGGACAAUAGAUAUGAAAGAUUACACUUUCCACGGCUUAUGUUCGUACACUCUCCUUCAGGAAUUCAUAAAAAUGAAGUUCCAUGUGUCGGCUAAAUUUGAGGAUUGCGGUAGCGACGGGUCACUGGUGUGCCCAACUUCAGUCACGAUAGCCGUUGACGAUACGACAGUCGUACUAGGCCCAGGCAGCCAAGUCUCGGUCAACGGAGAAAUUGCAUCAUUGCCGUACAAAAAUAGCGAUAUGCAUGUUCACAUUGGCUCGUCAAUAUUUACUAUUGUUGAGUCAUUUGGCCUAAGUGUACUCUAUGAUGGAGUGCAUCGGAUUUAUAUUAACGUUGACCCCGUCUAUAUGUACUCAGUUCGUGGACUAUGUGGAACCUUCGAUGGUGUAGAGGAGAACGAUUUUACAACCCGUGACAUGGACAUUGAGACCAGCGUUGCUCUUUUUGCCGGCGGAUAUGUUCUCGAAAAUGCAGACUGUCCAGAACUCGUCGAUCGCCUGACGUUCGAAUCCUGCAGCAUCAACGCCCGUAAUGUCAUCCGUGCUGAAAACGACUGCAGCUUCCUGAAAUCGUCGACAUUCGCAACAUGUCAUGGCUUUGUUGAAGUUGAAAUCUUCUACGAUAACUGUAUGCAUGAUGUCUGCGGAGGAAACGACCACGACACGAAUCUAUGCGGAGCAAUGGCAACAUACGCACGGGAAUGUGCAUUGGCUGGUCACCCCGUUGAAGACUGGAGGUUCCAUGAAGAUCUCAACGGCAAAUGCGAGAUCAUGUGCUCAGUUGGCGGACAGGAGUACCAAGAAUGUGGUAAGGCAUGUGAGCACUCGUGCGCAGAUCUUACUUACAAGUCUGAUUGUACAUAUAACAAAUGUGUUGCCGGCUGCAACUGCCAAGAAGGUGAGGUGCUUGAUGCCAUCGGCCAGUGUGUACCGCGCCAUUCGUGUAGUUGCGUGUACAACGGAAAGACGUAUCCGUCAAGAAGUGUCAUUGAACAUCCAUGUCAAAAUUGUACAUGCUUAAAUGGUACAUUCAUAUGCGACUAUAAUGAGUGCGACGUGGACGUGGCAUGUCCAAAGAACCAAGUAUACCAGCAGUUUACGACACAGUGCACGUUGAAGUGUGAAAACUAUCAGUCGGAACCCGAAUGUAGAUUAUCUUAUACACCUGGGUGCACCUGCCCAGACGGUAUGGUGCUAGAUGAAGAUGUAUGCGUUCAUCCUGAAAAUUGUUCAUGCAGACAUAAUGGAAAAAGAUAUGAAAACGGACAAGCACGAAUGAAGGACUGCAAUUCAUGCAUAUGUCGCGGACGUCACUGGGAAUGCACCAAAGAAAAGUGUUCUGGGACAUGUAUUGCGACCGGAGACCCACAUUACAUCACAUUUGACGGCAAGAAAUAUUCUUUCAUGGGAAAUUGUCGAUACGUAUUGGCAAAAGAGGUUGACGGUGCCUUUUUGAUUACUGCUGAAAAUGUACCAUGUGGUGCUGAAGGUGUCACUUGUACAAAAUCUGUUCACGUAACAAUUGGUUCGAUAACCGUAGACCUGCUUCGUGGAAGAGCAGUUCUUGUGAACGAUUUGAGUGUGCAACUACCAAAGGUUUACAACACUAUGAGAAUAGACUACGCUGGGUUGUUCGUUAUUCUUAGAUCUGACGUUGGUCUUGAAAUGAUGUGGGACGGAGCUACAAGAUUAUACAUUACGAUCCAGCCAGAGUACGCCGGACUGGUGGAAGGUCUUUGUGGUAAUUACGACGGAAUCGCUCAUAACGAUUUCCUUAGCCAAGACGGUGUUAUUGAGGCCAGAGCCGACAACUUUGCCAACUCUUGGAAAGUCUCUGAAAAUAUGUGUGUUGACGUUAACUCUGAUAACAUUCCAGAUCCAUGUGAGGUAAACCGCAACCGACUCACCUGGUCGCAGAAGAGCUGCGAUAUCAUGCGUCACGACCUAUUUCAACCAUGUCACAGCACUGUCGAUCCAGAAACGUUCAUCAGAUGGUGUGAAUACGACGCAUGCGCUUGCACAUUCGGUGGUGAUUGUGAGUGUCUGUGUACCGCUAUUGCAGCAUAUGCAGAACAGUGCAACAAAUACGGUAUAUACAUCAGGUGGCGAUCGCAAGACCUAUGCCCAAUGCAAUGCGACUACGGUACGACAUACAUGGCAUGUGGUCCUGUUUGCCCUGAGAUGUGCGAUGAACGACACCCCAUCCCAGAAGAAUUUUGUAGUGGGUGUGUCGAGGGUUGUUUCUGUCCAUAUGGCAUGGUAUUACGCGGUGAGGAAUGUGUCCCAGCCGAGCAAUGUUCUUGUGAACACAAUAACGUAUUGUAUCCUCCAGGCAGCUCGUUUUCUAUCAAUUGCAGAAAUUGCUCGUGUUUGAAUGGAGAGAUAGUUUGUAGCGGUGCUCCUUGCUACGGAAAAGAGACGUGCGCUCCAGAUGAGUUCAGUUGUCAGAAUGGCAAAUGCAUCCCUCAGGAAUGGACUUGUGACGCCGCUGAAGAUUGUGGAGACUCUAGUGACGAGACUGAUUGUAUUUACACAUGUAGUGAUAUUGAAUUCACUUGUACAAACGGACACUGUGUAAAUUUGGACUUCCGAUGUGAUGGUAUGCCUGACUGUAAGGAUAAUUCGGAUGAAUAUGAAUGUGGCCCCGAAGUAUGUGAUAAUAGUGAAUUCUUGUGUAGUAAUGGUCAAUGUAUACCUGAUGUAUUUGUUUGUGAUGGCGAACACGACUGUGGAUUUGGAGACGAUUCUGAUGAAGAAUCUUGUGGUGAACAUGAAUGUGAACCAACAGAGUAUACAUGUAACACUCAAGGCACCUGUAUUCCAUUACCUCAACUUUGCGAUCAACAUGAUGAUUGUGGGGACGGUAGUGAUGAGAUUGACUGCGAAGGUCCAUGUCCAGAGGAAUGCACUUGUAUUCAGGAUUGCGAUGGUAAUGCCGUUGAUGGUGACUGUAUAAGUGACUUCCUUAACUGUGGCUAUUGCUACUGUGAAAACGGUACGCUAAAAGCUGAAGAUAGUGGAUACUGUGUCAUUAAACCAAUGGACUGCCAAAUCACGAUCAUACCCACAACCACACCUUACUUUGGAUGUGAGGCUAAUGAAUGGGAAUGUCUGGAAUUAGAUCAGUGCAUCCCGAUUGAGGAGCGGUGUGAUGGAGUCCAUGACUGCGUGGAUAGAACAGACGAGAUUGGGUGUAUGACAACCACUAUAAAGCCAGUUACACCAAUGCUUGUAUGUGAUGAAGAGAUAGAUGUUGCUGACACAGUACCACAAGAAUUCUUAGUGAACAGUACAGGACUUGGCUGGAAUCCAACCACAAGCACUCCAAUGCUAAGACUUCCACUACGUGAACUCAGCACAGUCACAGGUCUGGUCGUUACCGGUGGUGGUCCAGGAACCAAUGCAUACGCCGAAAACCUUCAGAUUAUGUACCUAACUGAAGAAACCAAUAUCCCAUCUGUAAUAGUCACUGAGGCAGAGCAAAGUUUCUUUGAUGCCAAUUAUAAUGACAUGGCUCCGAGGCUUAUAACCUUCCCAGUUCCUAUAAGAACUACUGAGCUGGUUAUUCGCGUUCUUGAACAGUAUGGUCCAGUUCAACUCAAAGUCAAAGUUAUUGGUUGCAAACAAAUUACCACAACUGCUAAACCUAUUCCAUCAACAGCUCAAUUGGCAACAACAUCUUACUGUAGCAAGACCCUAGACUUUGAGUCACCGGAGAGCUUAAAAUUUGUCAGCCCACCUGAUUUUAAUGGUAUUUAUGGCUGGGCACCCACUGAGGUUCCUGUGGUGGUGCUCGAUUUUGCAGAGCCUGUCAAAAUCACCGGCAUAAACAUCCUGGGUGGUGGGCCUUCAAGUGACUCUUUUGCUGAACGCCUUCAGAUCAUGUAUAAUGACGUUGGAAGUGAUCUGCCUACUUUUGUUGCGGACGAGACUGGAUUAACACCAAAGGUGUUCGAUGGAAAUGUGGAUGAUUCAAGCGUGGCAGUUUUGACACUACCUGAUGUGAUUAUCACUGAGAAAUUGUCCAUUCGUAUUGCACCCCAAGUUAGGCCUGCCCGUCUUCGAGUGCAAGUUUUAGGAUGCUAUGAGCGAGUGAUAACAACUUGGCAGCCACAAAUAUUAACCAAUCCUAGCGUUACCGAUGUAGCACCAGUUGGACAUACAUUGCAAACCACAAUACAGCCAGGUGUCCAAACAACGCCACAUGUUUGUCAGGAGAUCAUUCCACUGAAUCUGCCAGCUGACUCCAAGCUUCCAUUUGAGAGCUCACCAGAAGAUGGUGUCUAUGGCUGGACACCUAGUGUAGGUGACUUCAACCUGUUGAGUGUUGAUCUCUUGGAACCAAUGAUUGUUACAGGUUUGAACAUAUUAGGAGGCGGUCCAGGAAGUGAUGCAUAUGUUGAGCGUUUGACAUUGAUGUAUGUUUCACCUUCAAUGCCUGGAUUACUACCAGUGAAUCCACCACCUGGACAACAGAGUUAUGAAGGAAAUGAUGAUGAUUCAACUGUUAAAACGAUUAAAUUAUCAACACCAGUGUUUGCAUCAUCGUUGACUAUCCGUGUUUUGAAUACCAAUAAUAACAACAUCAGACUAAGACUUCAAGUUCUUGGUUGUGAACAUGAAGCAACAACAGUUAAGCCAGUGACCACUCUUCCACCAUCUGCAAGUACAACAGGACCAGCGGAGGUCGGUACCACAGGACCAGCAUUCCCAGGUACCACAGGACCAGGAGAAUUGACAACUCCUCAUGUUUGUCAGGACAUCAUUCCACUGAAUCUGCCAGCUGACUCCAAGCUGCCAUUUGAGAGCUCACCAGAAGACGGUGUCUAUGGCUGGACACCUAGUGUAGGUGACUUCAACCUGUUGAGUGUUGAUCUCUUGGAACCAAUGAUUGUCACAGGUUUGAACAUAUUAGGAGGCGGUCCAGGAAGUGAUGCAUAUGUUGAGCGAUUGACAUUGAUGUAUGUUUCACCUUCAAUGCCUGGAUUACUACCAGUGAAUCCACCACCUGGACAACAGAGUUAUGAAGGAAAUGAUGAUGAUUCAACUGUUAAAACGAUUAAAUUAUCAACACCAGUGUUUGCAUCAUCGUUGACUAUCCGUGUUUUGAAUACCAAUAAUAACAACAUCAGACUAAGACUUCAAGUUCUUGGUUGUGAACAUGAAGCAACGACAGUCAAGCCAGUGACCACUCUUCCACCAUUUGCAAGUACAACAGGACCAGCAGAGAUCGGUACCACAGGACCAGCAUUCCCAGGUACCACAGGACCAGCAGGCAUUCAGACCACUGCCCCAGCCGCUCCAAGUACAGCAAUACCUGGAGAAUUGACAACUCCUCAUGUUUGUCAGGACAUCAUUCCACUGAAUCUGCCAGCUGACUCCAAGCUACCAUUUGAGAGCUCACCAGAAGACGGUGUCUAUGGCUGGACACCUAGUGUAGGUGACUUCAACCUGUUGAGUGUCGAUCUCUUGGAACCAAUGAUUGUUACAGGUUUGAACAUAUUAGGAGGCGGUCCAGGAAGUGAUGCAUAUGUUGAGCGAUUGACAUUGAUGUAUGUUUCACCUUCAAUGCCUGGAUUACUACCAGUGAAUCCACCACCUGGACAACAGAGUUAUGAAGGAAAUGAUGAUGAUUCAACUGUUAAAACGAUUAAAUUAUCAACACCUGUGUUUGCAUCAUCGUUGACUAUCCGUGUUUUGAAUACCAAUAAUAAUAACAUCAGACUAAGACUUCAAGUUCUUGGUUGUGAACAUGAAGCAACGACAGUCAAGCCAGUGACUACUCUUCCACCAUUUGCAAGUACAACAGGACCAGCAGAGAUCGGUACCACAGGACCAGCAUUCCCAGGUACCACAGGACCAGCAGGAAUUCAGACCACUGCCCCAGCCGCUCCAAGUACAGCAAUACCUGGAGAAUUGACAACUCCUCAUGUUUGUCAGGACAUCAUUCCACUGAAUCUGCCAGCUGACUCCAAGCUGCCAUUUGAGAGCUCACCAGAAGACGGUGUCUAUGGCUGGACACCUAGUGUAGGUGACUUCAACCUGUUGAGUGUCGAUCUCUUGGAACCAAUGAUUGUCACAGGUUUGAACAUAUUAGGAGGCGGUCCAGGAAGUGAUGCAUAUGUUGAGCGAUUGACAUUGAUGUAUGUUUCACCUACAAUGCCUGGAUUACUACCAGUGAAUCCACCACCUGGACAACUGAGUUAUGAAGGAAAUGAUGAUGAUUCAACUGUUAAAACUAUUAAAUUAUCAACACCUGUGUUUGCAUCAUCGUUGACUAUCCGUGUUUUGAAUACCAACAAUAACAACAUCAGACUAAGACUUCAAGUUCUUGGUUGUGAACAUGAAGCAACGACAGUCAAGCCAGUGACUACUCUUCCACCAUUUGCAAGUACAACAGGACCAGCAGAGAUUGGUACAACAGGACCAGCAGAGAUUGGUACCACAGGACCAGCAGGCAUUCAGACCACUGCCCCGGCUGCUCCAAGUACAGCAAUACCUGGAGAAUUGACAACUCCUCAUGUUUGUCAGGACAUCAUUCCACUGAAUCUGCCAGCUGACUCCAAGCUGCCAUUUGAGAGCUCACCAGAAGACGGUGUCUAUGGCUGGACACCUAGUGUAGGUGACUUCAACCUGUUGAGUGUUGAUCUCUUGGAACCAAUGAUUGUUACAGGUUUGAACAUAUUAGGAGGCGGUCCAGGAAGUGAUGCAUAUGUUGAGCGUUUGACAUUGAUGUAUGUUUCACCUUCAAUGCCUGGAUUACUACCAGUGAAUCCACCACCUGGACAACUGAGUUAUGAAGGAAAUGAUGAUGAUUCAACUGUUAAAACUAUUAAAUUAUCAACACCUGUGUUUGCAUCAUCGUUGACUAUCCGUGUUUUGAAUACCAACAAUAACAACAUCAGACUAAGGCUUCAAGUUCUUGGUUGUGAACAUGAAGCAACGACAGUUAAGCCAGUGACCACUCUUCCACCAUUUGCAAGUACAACAGGACCAGCAGAGAUCGGUACCACAGGACCAGCAUUCCCAGGUACCACAGGACCAGCAGGCAUUCAGACCACUGCCCCGGCCGCUCCAAGUACAUCAAUACCUGGAGAAUUGACAACUCCUCAUGUUUGUCAGAACAUCAUUCCACUGAAUCUGCCAGCUGACUCCAAGCUGCCAUUUGAGAGCUCACCAGAAGACGGUGUCUAUGGCUGGACACCUAGUGUAGGUGACUUCAACCUGUUGAGUGUUGAUCUCUUGGAACCAAUGAUUGUUACAGGUUUGAACAUAUUAGGAGGCGGUCCAGGAAGUGAUGCAUAUGUUGAGCGUUUGACAUUGAUGUAUGUUUCACCUUCAAUGCCUGGAUUACUACCAGUGAAUCCACCACCUGGACAACUGAGUUAUGAAGGAAAUAAUGAUGAUUCUACUGUUAAAACCAUAAAAUUAUCAACACCUGUGUUUGCAUCAUCAUUGACUAUCCGUGUUUUGAAUACCAACAAUAACAACAUCAGACUAAGACUUCAAGUCCUUGGUUGUGAACAUGAAGCUACAACAGCAAGACCAGGAACGACGAUUCCACCAUUUAUAAGUACAACCAGUAAAGGAACAACACAGCCACGUGCUACCACUCCUGCACAACCAGAACAAACUACGUCUGCUGAAGUAACAACCACUCCAGGCUCAGUUAUUACAUCAAUGAGACCAAGUACUCCAUCGGCGACACCACAAAAACCAGCAACAUCAGUGACACCAAGUGUUUGUGAUAAGUCUUUGGAUUUGGCACCUUCAACUGAUACAAGAUUGUUGGUUGACAGUGAACCAGAUCAGACUGGUGUCUUUGGUUGGGCGCCUGUAUCUGAUGAUACAUUGGUUACGCUAGAACUGGCUUCACCUCAAACAGUGACUGCUGUGGUACUCCUUGGUGGUGGACCUAUCUCGAAUGCUUAUGUGGAACGAUUCACUCUCAUGUACACCAAACCAGAUGAACCUGGUGCGCUUCAUACCAUUCCAGGGUUAUUUGAUGGUAACACAGAUGACACUACACCAGUCACUGUAGCUCUGCCUACUCCAGUAUAUGCAUCUGUUAUCAUGAUGCGAAUCAUUAAUGUUGACAAAAUGAUAAGAUUACGAGUACAGCUGCUUGGAUGUAUUGUUGAAGGUACAACAACAUUGGAACCUGCACCAACCGAAGUUGUCUGCCAGGAGUCUCUACCAUUCUUGACUGUAAACCCAGAAGCAUAUCUGGACAGUCCUCCAGAUGUUGAUGGCAUUUAUGGCUGGACACCUACUGAAGAUGAACCUUAUGUUGUAGCGGUUUUGGACGAGCCAUCGUACGUUAGCGCUGUCCUCAUCCAAGGUGGGGGACUAACAUCAAACGCAUAUGUCGAACAGUUUCAAGUCAUGUACAUGGACGAACAGGAAAAUGUGUUGACAGUGUCACCUCCAGAAGGCCUCCAGUUGUAUCCUGGCAACUCUGAUGACAACACUGCUCAACUGGUACAAUUGGUUGAUGUUAUCUUCACUUCCCGUAUUAUCAUUCGCCCAUUCAAUGAACAACAUGAAGUAAGACUUAGGAUGCAGCCCCUCGGUUGCAAGAAAGAAGAAGUGAGCACUAUUGCUGCAUACUCAACAACUGCUGGUCCACCGAGUCAAACCACGAUUGGUAUUCCAAGUGUGUUUACUACACCUGGUAUCACAACAACUGGUCAGGCUAGUGUCAUCACGACUGAAGCACCAUCAACCGUGGAGAUUGUGGUUCCAACAUUAACGGAGCGUCAAACAACUAGACCAUUAACAACAUCAGUUGUUAGGACAACUUCAGUGCUUGGUACAACACCUGCCCCUGAGCAGACAACUAUGAAGUUUACAACACCUUUUAUAUGCAACAAGGUCAUUGAUCUGGGACCUGAAAAUCCUGCUCAACUGGAUUUUGAUAGUGAACCAAAUGAAGAUGGAACAUAUGGCUGGUCUCCAGCUCGUGUUCAAACACCAGUACUUCUAAUUUCGUUACCAGAGACUGUUGAGAUCACUGGGAUUAUCAUGCUUGGAGGUGGUGCAGGAACUAAUGCAUAUACUGAGAGGUUUCAGUUAUCUUUCUUGCCUCCAUUUUCCCAGAAAUAUGUAACUGUUACUUCAGGAGUAUCUACUCAACCAAAGACUUUUGUUGGCAAUACAAAUGAUUCAGAUCCUAAAAGAAUUGAUAUUCCAAAUUAUCUUGGAAGCAUCGUUACCAAUGCCUUAGCCUUUCAAGUUUUCAAAAAAAAUGUUGACAUACGUCUGCGUCUUCAGCUGCUUGGAUGUGAAAAAACAGUUACAACUCCAAUGUUUUCAACAACCACUCAAGCUCCAUCAACAAUGGGUGUUGCCACUACUCAACAUGAAAGUACAACACAUAUGAAUUGGCAAACAUUAGGACCUUGCUCUGAUGUGAUAGAUAUUGCUGAUAGCUCAGAUCCUCGUCUAAAUUUUGUCAGCAGACCUGACCAAAAUGGAAUCUACGGUUGGACAACGUCGGCCAUUGAGGAAAUUGCAACUGUCAAUUUGGAAGUUCCAGCUUUAGUGACUGCACUGAAUUUACUAGGUGGAGGUUCUGGUAGUAACGAAUAUUUGGAGGCAUUCUCUUUAAAAUACAUACCUCCGGGUAAACCUGGUACCCUACUUGAUGUCUUGGCUGAAGAUGGCUCUAGUGUGUUUGCUGGCAAUGUGGAUGAUUUGAAUUCUGUCAGCAUUACUCUACCACAGCCUGGUAUUGAAGCUGCCUCUCUAACAAUUAUUCCCAUCCAAAGCAGUCGUAAUCCACGUGUUCGUAUCCAGGUGUUAGGCUGCUAUUUAGAAAGAACAACAUCAAGCCCAACAACUGGAUUUCCUCCACUUGGUACGUUAACACCCUUCCCAGAAGAACCGACAACAGGAGCUGCUCCAAGCACAAGAAGGCCGAGUGCAUCAACAACUACUGGGCCUAGGCCAACGACUGGAGUUCCACCACUAGGUACAUUAACACCUUUCCCAGGAGGGCAAACGACAUGGGUUGCACCAAGCACUAGAGGACCAGGUCCAACAACUUUGAUUGCUGAAGGUACAACCAGCAUUUUAGCAGGAAAACGCACAACAUUACCACCUCUUACCUUCAAACCACCUACGGUACCCGCAGUCACACAGACAGUCAAAACAACACGAGAAGCAGGAACUACUACCGGACCAAUUCAGACAACAGGACCACUGUCAGUUGGGUCAACAACACCUGCACAGCAAGUAUUUACUACUGCAGCUGCACCAAGUACUAGAGGGCCAGGUGCAGGAACUACUACCAGGCAAAUUCAGACAACAGGACCACUGUCAGUUGGUUCAACAACACCUGCACAGCAAGUAUUUACUACUGCAGCUGCACCAAGUACAAGAGGGCCAGGUGCAGGAACUACUAUUGAACAAAUGCAUACAACAGGACCACUGUCAGUUGGUUCAACAACACCUGCACAGCAAGUAUUUACUACUGCAGCUCCACCAAGUACAAGAGGGCCAGGUGCAGGAACUACUAUUGAACAAAUUCAGACAACAGGACCACUGUCAGUUGGUUCAACAACACCUGCACAGCAAGUAUUUACUACUGCAGCUGCACCAAGUACUAGAGGGCCAGGUGCAGGAACCACUACCAGACCAAUUCAGACAACAGGACCACUGUCGGUUGGUUCAACAACACCUGCACAGCAAGUAUUUACUACUGCAGCUGCACCAAGNACUAGAGGGCCAGGUGCAGGAACUACUACUGGACAAAUUCAGACAACAGGACCACUCUCAGUUGGUUCAACAACACCUGUACAGCAAGUAUUUACUACUGCAGCUGCACCAAGCACAAGACAGCCAGGUGCAGGAACUACUACUGGACAAAUUCAGACAACAGGACCACUCUCAGUUGGUUCAACAACACCUGUACAGCAAGUAUUUACUACUGCAGCUGCACCAAGCACUAGAGGGCCAGGUGCUGGAACUACUUCUGGAUCAAUUCAGACGACAGGACCUCUGUCAGUUGGUUCAACAACACCUGCACAGCAAGUAUUUACUACUGCAGCUGCACCAAGUACAAGAGGGCCAGGUGCUGGAACUACUUCUGGAUCAAUUCAGACAACAGGACCAGUGCCUUUUGCUUCCACAACACCUGCACAGCAAGUAUUUACUACUGCAGCUGCACCAAGUACUAGAGGGCCAGGUACAGGAACUACUACUGGACAAAUUCAGACAACAGGACCAUUGUCAGUUGGUUCAACAACGCCUGUACAGCAAGUAUUUACUACUGCAGCUGUAUCAAGUACUAGAGGGCCAGGUGCAGGAACUACUACUGGACAAAUUCAGACAACAGGACCACUGUCAGUUGGUUCAACAACGCCUGUACAGCAAAUAUUUACUACUGCAGCUGUAUCAAGUACUAGAGGGCCAGGUGCAGGAACCACUACCGGACCAAUUCAGACAACAGGACCACUCUCAGUUGGUUCAACAACACCUGCACAGCAAGUAUUUACUACUGCAGCUGCACCAAGCACUAGAGGGUCAGGUGCAGGAACUACUACUGGACAAAUUCAGACAACAGGACCACUGUCAGUUGGUUCAACAACGCCUGUACAGCAAGUAUUUACUACUGCAGCUGCACCAAGCACUAGAGGGCCAGGUGCAGGAACUACUACUGGACAAAUUCAGACAACAGGACCACUGUCAGUUGGUUCAACAACGCCUGUACAGCAAGUAUUUACUACUGCAGCUGUAUCAAGUACUAGAGGGCUAGUUACAGGAACUACUGGACCAAUUCAAACAACAGGACCAGUUCUAACAACUUUUAAACACGUAACAGUGACAAUUCCAGUGAGUGCUACCACUUCUGCUGCACCAGGCACAACAGCAUCUGGAGCUCCAACAACAGGACCAGCACCUACAGGUAUAGUUACUGUAGCACCACAAAGAUCAACCACAGCAGCUGCUCAAAGUACAAGAGGAACAGGUGCACCAGCCACUACAAUACUGGUAGUACAAACAACCGAAAAAGUAUGUCACAUGGACCUGGAUACUGUUGAUGAAUUGGAAACAACAAGAACUACAUCUGAUAACAUUGCCAAUCCAGACAGUACAAAGAUUGACAGCGAAGAACCAUGGUAUCCAAAGAAUCUGGAUGAAGAACCAAAUCCUUAUGUGGAUAUUGAGUUUUCGAAACCAGUCAGAAUGACAGCUCUACAAAUACAAGGAGAUGGUCCCAAUACUGUCACAGAGCUAUCCAUCUUUUACAAAGAACCAAAUUCCGAGACCUUAACCAGAUGGAAUAAAUUGGUAACCAUUCCAGAUGAUGAGGAUAAUUCCAUACCAGCGAAGCUUGAACUUCCUGAAGACUUCCCAAUUGUUGAAGCCAUAAGAGUUGAAAUAGUGUCCUAUGAUGAUAAUGAGCCAACAUUACGAGUGGCGCCAUUUGGAUGUUUACAUGAGGGGACAACAGUAUUACCAACGGAAGCUGUGACAGUUCCAGUGAGUGCUACCACUUCUGCUGCACCAGGCACAACAGCAUCUGGAGCUCCAACAACAGGACCAGCACCUACAGGUAUAGUUACUGUAGCACCACAAAGAUCAACCACAGCAUCUGCUCCAAGUACAAGAGGAACAGGUGCAACAGCCACUACAAUACCGGUAGUACAAACAACCGAAGAAGUAUGUCACAUGGACCUGGAUACUGUUGAUGAAUUGGAAACAACCAGAACUACUUCUGAUAAUAUUGCCAAUCCGGACAGUACAAAGAUUGACAGCGAAGACCCAUGGUAUCCAAAGAAUCUGGAUGAAGAACCAAAUCCUUAUGUGGAUAUUGAGUUUUCGAAACCAGUCAGAAUGACAGCUCUACAGAUACAAGGCGAUGGUCCCAAUACUGUCACAGAGAUAUACAUCUUUUACAAAGAACCAAAUGCCGAGACCUUAACCAGAUGGAAUAAGUUGGUAACAAUUCCAGAUGAUGAGAAUAAUUCCAUACCAGCGAAGCUUGAACUUCCUGAAGACUUUCCAAUUGUUGAAGCCAUAAGAGUUGAAAUAGUGUCUUAUGAUGAUAACGAGCCAACAUUACGAGUGGCGCCGUUUGGAUGUUUACAUGAGGUGACAACAGUAUUACCAACGGAAGCUGUGACAGUUCCAGUGAGUGCUACCACUUCUGCUGCACCAAGCACAACAGCAUCUGGAGCUCCAACAACAGGACCAGCACCUACAGGUAUAGUUACUGUAGCACCACAAAGAUCAACCACAGCAUCUGCUCCAAGUACAAGAGGAACAGGUGCACCAGCCACUACAAUUCCGGUAGUACAAACAACUGAAGAAGUAUGUCACAUGGACCUGGAUACUGUUGAUGAAUUGGAAACAACCAGAACUACUUCUGAUAACAUUGCCAAUCCAGACAGUACAAAGAUUGACAGCGAAGAACCAUGGUAUCCAAAGAAUCUAGAUGAAGAACCAAAUCCUUAUGUGGAUAUUGAGUUUUCGAAACCAGUCAGAAUGACAGCUCUACAGAUACAAGGCGAUGGUCCCAAUACUGUCACAGAGAUAUACAUCUUUUACAAAGAACCAAAUUCUGAGACCUUAACCAGAUGGAAUAAAUUGGUGACAAUUCCAGAUGAUGAGGAUAAUUCCAUACCAGCGAAGCUUGAACUUCCUGAAGACUUCCCAAUUGUUGAAGCCAUAAGAGUUGAAAUAGUGUCCUAUGAUGAUAACGAGCCAACAUUACGUGUGGCGCCUUUUGGAUGUUUACAUGAGGUGACAACAGUAUUACCAACGGAAGCUGUGACAGUUCCAGUGAGUGCUACCACUUCUGCUGCACCAGGCACAACAGCAUCUGGAGCUCCAACAACAGGACCAGCACCUACAGGUAUAGUUACUGUAGCACCACAAAGAUCAACCACAGCAGCUGCUCCAAGUACAAGAGGGCCUGGACUUGCUGCAACUACCACACAAGUACUACAAACAACAGAACAAGUAUGCCACAUGGACCUGGAUAAUGUUGAUGAAUUGACAACAGUCAGAACUACUUCUGAUAAUGUAGCCAACCCAGACAGUACAAAGAUUGACAGUAAUGAACCAUGGUAUCCGAAGAAUCUUGAUGAAGAACCAAAUCCUUAUGUUGAUGUUGAGUUUUCAAAACCAGUGAGAAUGACAGCUCUACAGAUACAAGGAGAUGGUCCCAAUACUGUCACAGAGAUAUACAUCUUUUACAAAGAACUAAAUGACGAGACCUUAACCAGAUGGAAUAAAUUAGUAACAAUUCCAGAUGAUGAGAAUAAUUCCAUACCAGCGAAGCUUGAACUUCCUGAAGACUUUCCAAUUGUUGAAGCCAUAAGAGUUGAAAUAGUGUCUUAUGAUGAUAAUGAGCCAACAUUACGGGUGGCGCUGUUCGGAUGUUUACAUGAGGUGACAACAGUAUUACCAACGGAAGCUGUGACAGUUCCAGUGAGUGCUACCACUUCUGCUGCACCAGGCACAACAGCAUCUGGAGCUCCAACAACAGGACCAGCACCUACAGGUAUAGUUACUGUAGCACCACAAAGAUCAACCACAGCAGCUGCUCCAAGUACAAGUGGACCUGUACUUGCUGCAACUACCACAGAAACCCUACAAACAACCCAAGAAGUGUGCCACAUGGACCUGGAUACGGUUGAUGGAUUGACAACAAUCAGAACCACUUCUGAUAAUGUAGGCAACCCAGACAGUACAAAAGUUAACAGUGAUGAACCAUGGUAUCCAAAGAAUCUGGAUGAAGAACCAAAUCCUUAUGUGGAUAUUGAGUUUUCAGAACCAGUGAGAAUGACAGCUUUACAGAUACAAGGAGAUGGUCCUAACAUUGUUACAAGGAUAUACAUCUUUUAUAAGGAACCAAAUGCCGAGACCUUAACCAGGUGGAAUAAAUUGGUAACAAUUCCAGAUGAUGAGGAUAAUUCCAUACCAGCGAAGCUUGAACUUCCUGAAGACUUCCCAAUUGUUGAAGCCAUAAGAAUUCAAAUAGUGUCCUAUGAUGAUAAUGAGCCAACAUUACGAGUGGCGCCAUUUGGAUGUUUACAUGAGGUGACAACAGUAUUACCAACGGAAGCUGUGACAGUUCCAGUGAGUGCUACCACUUCUGCUGCACCAGGCACAACAACAUCUGGAGCUCCAACAACAGGACCAGCACCUACAGGCAUUGUAACUGUAGCACCUCAAAGAUCAACCACAGCAGCUGCUCCAAGUACUAUAGGACCAGGACUUGAAUCAACCACUUUACUACAAACAACUGUUGAAGUCUGCAGGGAUGAUAUUGGAAUGAGUGUUGGUGUUGUAACAACUCGAAGAACAUCUGACAAUCAAGAGUCUUCUCUUUCCAACAUUGACAGCAAUAAUCCUUGGUCACCAAAUAUUUUUGGUGUAGAAAACCCAUGGUUAGAGUUUAUCUUUGAUGAUAGUGUAAAAGCAGCCAGCAUAGUCAUUCAAGGAGAUGGCGACAAUGUUGUUACAAGAUUCCGUGUUGAUAUAAGAACUGUUGGCAUUUCAACUUUUAUUGAAUAUCCACAAGUUUUUGAUGUAACUCCAACUGUGGAUAACAGUGAUGUAAUUGAAACAUUUUUGCCAAACCUACCAUUAGUAACUGGACUUCGAAUUGUGAUUUUGGAUUAUGUUGGAAUUCCAACUUUGAGAGCUACAGUUCAUGGAUGUGUUUUAACUGCAACCACAACUCCAUCAACUUCUGGUGUUUCAAAAAUAUCCACUAUUAAAGCUGUAACAAGUAUUUUGGGAGGCGAAAGGACAACAUUAUCCCCACCCACUUUCAAGCCACCUACAAAUGCACCAAAACAGACAACUGUGCAAAUACCAGUUGUUACGACAACACCUGUUAUGCAAGUAACUACAACAGAAGCUGCAUCAACCACCAGUGAACAAAGAAUGACAACAGCUGCUUCUUCAGUAUCUACUAGUAAAGCUGUAACAAGUAUAUUGGGAGGUGAAAGGACAACAUUGGCCCCACUCACUUUCAAGCCACCUACAAAUGCGCCAAAACAGACAACCGUACAAGUACCAGUUCUUACGACAACACCUGUUAUGCAAGUAACUACAACAGAAGCUGCAUUAACCACCAGUGAACAAAGAGUGAUAACAACUGCUUCUUCAGUAUCUACUAGUAACGCUGUAACAAGUAUAUUGGGAGGUGAAAGGACAACAUUGGCCCCACUCACUUUCAAGCCACCUACAAAUGCGCCAAAACAGACAACCGUACAAGUACCAGUUGUUACGACAACACCUGUUAUGCAAGUAACUACAACAGAAGCUGCAUCAACCACCAGUGAACAAAGAGUGACAACAACUGCUUCUUCAGUAUCUACUAGUAAAGCUGUAACAAGUAUAUUGGGAGGUGAAAGGACAACAUUGGCCCCACUCACUUUCAAGCCACCUACAAAUGCGCCAAAACAGACAACCGUACAAGUACCAAUUGUAACAACAAAGCCUGCGCAAACCACCUCAAAACAAGUUGUGUCAACAACAGUAGCAUCAAUUACUACCACAGCAGCAGCGCCUGUAUCAACGACAACCAGUGCCUUUUCUACUACUCAAGGAAGGGUAUCAACAACAGGUAUAGUGUCUACGAAACCACAGACAACUGGUCCACUCCCAGCUGUAACCAGUGUCAUCCCACCUGCCAUCACCACUGGAUCUGCAAAGACUACAACUCAUGUGUGCCGAGAGGUUCUACCCCUUGCUGAUGAUACCCCACCAGAGUUGUACUUUGAUAGUGAAAUGGUUGAUGGUGCAUAUGGAGUUGAUGAUGAUACUUUGACCAUCAAUCUGAGGUCUGAGAUGACAGUUACAGGUAUCAAUGUUCUUGGUGGUGGACCAGGCUCUAAUUUGUAUGCCAAGUCAAUAGCAGUGUAUUAUACUAACAAGGACAUUCUUGUACCGCAGGUGCUACUUCAGAACAACGACCAGGUCAUAGCUGCCAACACUGACAGUGUAACACCAAAGACUAUCAUAUUUGACACUUCAGUUGAAGUUGCCAGUCUAAUUAUUCGUGUCAUAAACAUUGGACUGGAAAAGUCACGAUUACGAGUUGAGGUUCUAGGUUGCUAUGAAGAAACAACUAUAACACCUGUUGUAACUGAACACCUACCAACUACAGCAUCGCCCAUUGUAACAACUCGUGGGCCCCCUUCAGCUAUCACUUCAGUUACCCCCAGACAAACAACAACAAGAGGAGGCAUGACAACGAGGUUGCCUUUGACAAAGAUAACAAUUCUACCAAGGACAACACCUCAACAAAGCACCACCCCUCUGUUGUCAACAGUUGUCAUUCCACAAACAACUGCUCUACGAACAACUACAUUAGAAGGAGUCAUCACAACAGUUGUUGGCCAAGCUACAACCACUGCUAGCUCGGCUAAAACUACUGCUGCCCGGGUUCCAACCACUGCUGGCCAGGCUACAACUUCUGGCAAGGCUGCAACCACUACUGGCCAAGCUACAACUACUGCUGCUCGGGCUCCAACCACUGCUGCCCAGGGUACAACAACUGCCAGCUGGAUUACAACUGCUGCUGUUCGGGCUGCAACCACUGCUGUUCGGGCAACAACCACUGCUCAUUUGACAACUGAGCAGUUGAUUACAACAACAGCACCAUUUUUACAAACAUCUCAAAUUCCAGUUGGCUGUAACAUUAGCAUGGAAACAUAUGAAGUAUCCAGAAUGCCUUCAGAUGGCCAGUCAGGAGACAUCACCGAUAUUGAUCAUCCUACACCUUGGUAUCCAAAUCUCGCCCAAGGAACGGAACCAUCCCUGGAGAUUUCUCUAUCGCAGCCAGUCCGACUUGAAUCUGUUGUCGUACAAGGCGAUGGUCCAAAUAUACCAACGCAACUUACCAUUGAGUACAAACCAGUUGGUUUGGAUUACAUAGAAGUACCUAAGGUAUAUACAAUUCAGCCAUCACCUUCUGGUGACAACUCGGAACUAUUGGAACUUGCCAUCCCUCAAGAUGUGCCACCAUCAGAAGCUGUGAAGAUCACUAUUCUUAAAUGGUCAAAUGGAACUCUGCCAUCCUUGAGAGCCAGGGUCUUAGCUUGUGUUGAAUGCUAUGAUGUUCUGGACACGCCUGCAAGUAUGGCAUUUGAUAGCCCAGCAAAUGAUGAUGGCAGCUUUGGCUAUCUUCCUGGAGAUGCUGGACUGGUACAAAUUGAACUGGACAGUGAGAAGGAAGUCAGUGGUCUUGCUAUCAUUGGUGGAGGCUCAGGAACCGAUGCCUAUGUUGAAAGCUUUACAAUUAUGUACUUUAACAGUGAAUCAGAGGAACCACAGAUUAUAAGUCAGGUUUACGAGGGUAAUUCAAAUGAUGAUACACCAAUUGCUGUGUACUUUGAUAACAAGUUGAUGAUGACAUCUAUCAUAUUGACUGUACAGAGUAGCAAAGAUGUUGUGGUGCGAGUACAAAUAUAUGGAUGCGAAAUGACAGAAACGACAACAAUGAUGGCAACAACACCAAUAAUUGCAACAAGUUUACCACAAGUCACUGGUCUUCCUAAAGUUUGUAAUGAAAUUCUCCCCAUGGCUGGUGAUGUACCAUCAAGUCUAUAUUUUGACAGUGAACCAGAUCAAAAUGGCAUUUAUGGUUAUAACCCUGAGGAUGCUGUGAUUACCGUCAACCUUAACAAGACCUUUAGAAUUACUGGCUUCAAUAUCAUGGGUGGUGGAAAAGGAUCGAAUGCUUAUGUUGAUGAUAUGCUAGUGUAUUAUUUACCAGAGGAUUCGGACACACCAGUUAGCAUAAGUGACAAGGUGAUAUCUGUGAGUGAUAAUGAUGAUUCCUUGGUAACCAUCGACUUCAGUAACUCUUCAGACAUCUUGAGUGAUUCGUUCACCACGUCUCAGCUAUCAUUCCGAAUCUUUAAUACUGACAUCGAAGUACGACUUAGAUUACAGAUUUUGGGAUGUUCUGUUGAAGAAGUGUGUCAGGAUGACUUGCAGUUCAUUGAAAGUGGACGUGUGUUAUCAGAUGGUCAGAAUGCCAGCUUGUCCAGCCUAAGCAAUGCAGAGCCUUGGUACUCAACUGAAGACAGUUCCUCUCAGUACAUCAUUGUCAAUUUCUUGAUACCAGUUCACAUCACAUCAUUCUACACACAAGGUAACAAGGAUGACGUUGUGACACUCAUGACACUGGACUACAUGCCACUUGGUGAGAGUGGAUACAUCGGUUUCAAUAAGGACUUUAAUGUAGUACCAUCAGAAGAUAAUUCCAUAAUCGCCGAGCAUCAUUUGGAUGUGGAACUUCCACUACUUUCAUCCAUUCGAAUCAACAUCCUCGACUGGACAAAUAAAAACUCCAGCGGACCAACACUACGUGUAGCAUUUUUAGGAUGUGUAGAGGCUGUAACAACUACCAUAAUCCCAGGAUUCAAUGCAACCACCAUUGAAGAAUGCAAUUAUGUUGUUGACUUCUCUGAGAACGUCCCUGCUAACUUGUACUUCGAUAGUCAGCCUAAUGAAGACAACUCAUACGGAUGGAGUGGAGCAGAUAGUCUUGAUAUUGAGCUGGACGAGUUGGUGUCUGUAAACGCCCUCAACAUUCUAGGAGGUGGAAGUGGUACAGGUCAAUACGUUGAAGAGUUUUUGGUUUAUUAUUACCCUGUGGGAGUUGACAGUCCUUCCCCAGUGCCUGAGCGAUUUUCUGGAAAUGAUGAUGAUUCAACUCCAAAAUUGAUUGAGCUACCAGAACCAAUUGUCACAUCACGACUUGUACUACGCUUCUUCAACCUUGGCCGAGACAUCCGUCUUAGACUUCAGGUUCUUGGAUGUGCCGCUCAAGUGUCAACAGUACUACCAACAACAACAGCACUUCCAUCAACUGCCAGGCAAUCAACGACUUUCAUAACACAGGCCAUGCUUAAGAGUACUAAGCAGAUGCUACUCACUACAGGACACAGGAUUGGCAAACUUACAACUGUUAUACCUCCUGUUUGUAGCGAGAUCCUUGAAACUGGACCAGAAACUCCAGAGUUUGUCUCUUUCACAAGUCCUGCUGAUGAUCUUGGCAUCUAUGGCUGGGCACCAAGCGAUAAUGAGACAUCCCUCACGAUUACAUUGGCAGAGCCUAAACAGGUCACAGGCAUCAAUAUACGCGGUGGAGGCCUCGGUACAGAUCUGUAUGCUAAACGUAUUCGUAUUUACUACAAGACACCAGGAUCUGAUGAAAGAAUUAUGGUCACAGAACCAGAAGGUCAAGUUGGAUACGAAGCAAAUACAGAUGAUGUCACCCCCAAGACGAUUCCAUUUGAGGAGGCAAUCUAUGCUAAUGAGAUCAUUAUUGCAUUCCUGCAAAGUGAUCUUGAGAAUAUACGAGUCAGGAUUGAAGUUAUUGGCUGUGAAUAUGAAGGCACAACUGUAGUAACACUACCACAGGUAUUCACUACUCUUCGACCAAUCAACUACACAACAACAGUACUCCCCGGGUGGUCACCAUGGUCGCCAUGGUCAUCAUGUACAUCGAGCUGUGGUGUUGGAGAGCGUUACCGAAGUAGAUCAUGCAUGAUUGGUGAAUGCGAGGGCGGUAUUGAUGCAGCUACGGAGGAGGAAGACUGUGAUUCAGGACCAUGUCCAGAUAAGUGUGAUGAGAAUCUCAGUGAAGUUGAUGGCCUGAUUGUCACACGUGAAACAUCCGAUGAUGCACCAGCAUCCCAGACACGCUUGUACUCAACACAGCCUUGGAUGCCGAAUGUUGCCGAUGGAGGUUUGCCAACAAUUACAGCAUGGUUUAGUACACCGGUUACACUGAAGACUCUAAGGAUGCAGGGUAACGGAGCAAACACAGUUACCGAACUGUCAUUGGAAUACAUACCGAAGAGUCAAGAUCAGUUCAUCUUUUUCGAAGAGGAAUUAAGAUUACCUGUUGAAAAUAAUGAAGAACCUAGAUCAUUCCCGAUGCCAUCAUCUUUGGGUGAAAUUAAAGCAGUCAGGCUUGCUGUUAUCUCAUGGCCUGAGGAUACAGUUCCAUCUUUGAGGGUUGAUUACUUUGGUUGUUUCCAUGUUUGCGAAAUUGGUGACCCAGCUUGCUCAGUUGACUGUUCUUACGGCGAAUGGUCACCAUGGUCUGAUUGCAGCAAAUCAUGCGGAGUGGGUCAGCAUGAAAGAAAACGCUCUUACAACCCUCCAGAGAAUGGUGGACAAGAAUGCGAGUACCCAAUUACAACCGUUGAGACAGAAACCUGCAACACAGACGCAUGUCCAACUAAGGGUGAAUGGACACCGUGGAACCCAUGGUCAAAUUGCACAGCAGAAUGUGAAGGUGGCGAGAUGAAACGUACACGUACAUGCUCCAACCCACCACCAAAGAAUGGAGGAGAAUUCUGCAAUGGAUCCAGUGAAGAGACAAAGACUUGCAAUGUAGAACCAUGUGAGGAGGAAUGCCAGGCGCCAAUGAUCUAUGACCCAAUAUGUGCCAACCACUGUCCAAGUCGCUGCGACCAGCUGAAGCAAGGCUCGGUAUGCAGUGAUGAGGAGGAUUGUGAGCCAGGGUGCCGAUGCCCAGAUAACAUGUUAGAAGAUUACAACGGGGACUGUGUUUAUCAGAGUCAGUGCGAGUGCUUAGACAAGGACGGAAAUCUAUGGCCCAUUGGGGCAACAGAACAAGUUGACUGUAACAACUGCACAUGUAUGAAUGGUCGCAUUGAAUGUACUGAAGAACUGUGCGCUGUGGACUGUGAGUGGAGCCCUUGGUCAGUGUGGUCAGAAUGUACCAACACAUGUGGAGAGGAAACGCAGAAAAGAUUCAGGUCAGGCAAUAAUCCAGCAGCAGCCAAUGGUGGUAAAGAAUGUGAAGGAAAUAACGAAGAAAGCAGGUCAUGUGACUUACCAGACUGCCCUGUAUAUUGCAUACACGAAGGCGUGAUUUAUGAAGAAGACCAAGUUGUUGAAACAAAAUGUUCUGAAUGUGUUUGCAGAAAUGGCAACAUGGAAUGCACAAGGACAUGCACUUAUGUUCCACCUGAGUGGUCUCGUUGGUCUUCCUGUAGUGUUACCUGUGGCGACGGAAAUAUUAUUCGCACACGUGGAUGUAAUGAAACCGAGAGCGGAAUUAUCUGCAUCAAUGGAACGGCAACAGAAACCAGCAACUGUAGUAUGCCAGACUGUCCUGUGAAGGGUGAGUGGUGUGAGUGGGCCCCAUGGUCCAACUGCUCUCAGGAUUGCGGUACCGGCGAACGUGAACACCGUCGUGUAUGUGCUUGCCCUGAACCUGAAAAUGGCGGAGACGAAUGUGAAGGCGAUGAUCUGGAAUCUGAAUCGUGUUUCAUGGGCAGCUGUCCAGAGGAUUGUGUGUGGACGGAGUGGCAAGCUUGGUCCGAGUGUACCCAGUAUGAAUGCGAGUCUGGAAAUCUAAACUGUACAGAAUUAGAUUGCAAAGUGCCCGGUGGAUGGAGCAGCUGGGAGCCAUGGAGCGAUUGUAGUGUCUCCUGUGGGGAUGAACCUGGUACAGUAGUCCGCUACCGAUCCUGUACCAACCCGCCUCCAAAUCCGCCAGUUGAAGACGGUGGUAUUGAUUGCGAAGGUGUUCCAAUUGAUACCGCUUCAUGUCCAGAUCGAGAUCCAUGUCCAAUUGACUGCAUAUUUGGCGAUUGGGGUGUGUGGUCUCCUUGUAGUUCACCAUGUAAUGGUGGCUAUCAGACACGAAGUCGAGAUAUUAUCCAGUUUAAUCAAUAUGGUGGCUUACCAUGCGAAGGUCCAAUUGUGCUUGUUCAACCAUGCAAUUAUCAAGAGUGCCCAGGUAAAGAAUGCUCAGAUAUUGGCAUGGUGUUUGAUGAGUGUGCUAAUCAGUGUGCUACUACAUGCCUAGAAAUGGCGCCAGAUGUUGACUGCGUUGACAUGGAAGACUGCAUCCCUGGAUGUCGCUGUGCUGAUGGCGAGUAUUUGCAGGAUGGUGUCUGUGUACCGCAAGAAGAGUGUCACUGCACAGCUGAUAUGGCAGUUCUUCAGAGGUUACUGGAUGAAAAUGAAAUCUCACCGGUAGUCGAACCAACUCCAGCGCCAGUGGAUUAUUUCAUCUUAAAUUUCCCAGAUGAUUGUAUGGAACCUUUGGAACUGCCAUUGAACAUCCCUAACGACAUCCUCCCAGAAGGAGACGGUUGGUCUGGAGACUUCAUAACAUUCAACUAUGAGGAAGAGAAAUUGGUGACCAUAUUAAGGAUGUCAGGAGCAGGUCCAUCCACAAAUGCCUACUUGGAGCGAUUUAUCAUCGUUUACAAAGAAACAAAAUCAGAAUACAUUCAAACUUUACGUGGUCAAGACGGAACACCUUUGGUUUUCAAAGCUAAUCAUGAUGACUCUACUAGCAUAGAAGUUCCACUACCUCUCGGUGGUCUACGAGCCCAGUCUAUUACAAUUGUACCAUUGGUCACUCCAGAUCACCCAUCCAAACUUAAGAUGACCGUACUUGGAUGCAAGUAUACAGGACAAGAACCACCAGCUUUGACGCCGAUACCUCUUGAUCAGAAGACUAGUCCAGCUACACAAACCACGCCACUUAUGGUAACAGAAAUUCCAGGCCUUACUGGUUCGGGACCAGAUGGAUCCUUCCUACCAGGAGAGAUGUUGAAGUUCCACUGUUUGAACUGCACCUGUGAAAAUGGCGCCCUUAACUGCACAGACAAAGAUUGUGCUCACAUGACAGAGUGGUCAGCAUGGACAGUAUGCACUGCCACAUGCAACGGAGGGCAUCAAGUACGUGAACGUCUUUGCAUCGGAGAUUCGGCUGACAAUCCUUGCCCAGGCGAUGAGUUAGAGGAGCGUCAUUGCAACGAAGAUCCUUGCCCAGUUGACUGCGUCUAUUCUGAGUGGUCAGAUUGGAGUGAGUGCCCUGUCACAUGUGAUGGUGGUCAGGUGUUCAAGUCACGUGAGAUCAUUGUUCCUGCUUUGUUCGAUGGCGUACCUUGCACCGAACCACUGACUGGCUCAAAACAUUGCAACAUGGAACCAUGCUUGGUAUGUGUAGAACCUUUGAUUGAGUCGGAUUGUGCCAACGUUUGCCCUACAACAUGUGGUGACAUGCAGGAUGGGAGUAACUGUCAACAAGAAGAUUGUGUCCCAGGCUGCAGAUGCCCCGAUGAUAUGGUAUUGCAAGACGGCGAAUGUGUACAUCCAAAUGAGUGUCGCUGUGUUGUUGACCCGUCUGUGUUUGGAGACAAUCCUCUGUCAGAAAGGGAUACCGAAUACGCACCUGGAACCGUUAUCCAACACAAGUGCAACAACUGCACUUGCGAAGUUGGUGGAUUUGUCUGCACAGAGGAAAAUUGUGAUGUUGACUGUGGUUGGAGCGAAUGGUCUGAUUGGUCCGAAUGUUCAACCCCAUGUGGAACAGGCACAAGGACAGCUUCGCGCACUCCUGAUAACCCCGCCAGACAGUACGGCGGCGCAGAAUGUUAUGGAGAAGACAUAAAAGAGGAAGAAUGCUAUGCAGGAGAUUGUGAAUGUGAAGACAAUGAGGUGUACAAACGUUAUGGCACGGACUGUAUGAGUCAAACCUGCCGCAGUUACACAGCCGGUGAAGAACCAGAAUGCGGUGAGCCAUACGAGGCUUGCUUCUGUGAUGCCGGUUACUACGUUAACGAAGAAGGUGAAUGCGUACCUCCACACGAGUGCGAAUGCAUCUAUGAGGGCGCUGUUUAUGAAGCUGGGGAACUGUGGAAAAAGAACAACUGCACAGAAUGUUCCUGCAAGAAUGGUGAAGUGGAGUGCUUCAGCUACUGUGAAGUACCUGUGUGUGAAGAUGGAUAUGAAUUGGUUGUCAGAGAAGGUGAAUGCUGUCCAGUGUGCGAGAAAAUAUAUGAACCUGAAGACUCCUGCCAUUUGUCAGUUGAGGUUCGUAAUGUGACCAACAGCCGUGGUUGCCGCGCAAAUGAUGUCAGCAUUCCUGUAUGUGUUGGACGAUGUAAAAAUAACAAUGAAAUUGUCCUGGACUCUCCAAAUACCUCUGGCUGUCGAUGUUGCCAAGGCUACAUAGAUUCAAGUCUUACAGACAACGAAGGGAAUCCACGACCAACAUACGACCUAAUCACACUCAUCUGUCCUGGUGGAGAGCCUGAGGAAGGAGCCAUCCCGCUCUACUCGGGUUGCACUUGUGAUCAUCCAUGUCAAAGUGAUUCGCAUGGACACACGUGGGGCUAGACGUCGUCAAAAUUUCCAUAAGACGCACCAAAUAUAAAUAAAGCAAUGUUAAAAUAAUUGUUAUAAGAACCUGACCCUCUCUUUCCGUUUGUCCACAGAUAUUAAAUGCAAUUGAUAAUUUCAGUAAAUAAAACUAUCAUCAUCACUUUCGCUUUAAUUAAUAUUUUCAUAGCAUUCUAGAUAUUAAUAUUAUAUAUAUGAUUAUUUUCGAUUUAUGUAUAAAAGUACAAAGUGCAAUGAUGCCUACAUACAGUAAGGCUUGAAUUCAAAAUGACUUUAAAUGUAAUGCGCUACUUUUUUGAAAUUGCUGUGACGAAACACUUACGUAAUACGGUAAAAGUGAGUAAAAGUUGUGCCAAUUUAUUGGUAAAUGGUAUAUUUUAUAAUCAAAUUAGUGCAAUCAGUGUCAACAAUAGACAGUUUUUGAAAUCACAAUGUAUGUAAAUUUGCUGACUUUUUCCUGUGAUGUAAAAACGGUCGAUUUCACGCCGUGAACACAGCAAAUAGUAAUAAUAAUUACAUACGCAUACUUUGAAUUUGGCAGGCCAAGUCAUGUGUAACGUGUGACAUUUUACAUUGUGAUUUCAAAAACUUCAUAACAAUUCUAUGAUGUAUAACUUACUAUUUAUCAAAUCAAAACUAUUGUAUAAAAUGUAUUAACUGUAAGAAAUAUAUUGUAUUUAAAAUGAAAGAUAAUUUAUGAGAUUGCAUAUACAGGCCUAUAUUGAAUUUGAAACUAUUGUUUACCUAUCGCUUUCCUUGAGAAUCCCAGCAAAUAAAUAUGUUCAGAGAUAA